CUUCUCUCUCUUUCAUUUAUAAUAACUCCCAAACCGACCCUGCUCUUCUCCAUUCAUUUCUUCUUCCUGCUAUGCCCUCGUCGGCGCACGUUAGAACCCAUCACAACUAGAGGGAUUUAUUGCACUCCCUUUGUGUUCAAGAGCCAUCCUUUUAAGUCUUUGAACCCAGUUUCUGCAACUCCGCCAUGACUUCUUCUCAAAUGGACAAACACCGCAUCAUUUCCUUCUACAUCUUCCUCUUCCUGAUUACAGCUCCGUUCACCGUCGCUCAAACAAAUCCUGACGUGGAUCGCUAUGGCUACGCCCGUGUUACUCCUUCCAUGGCCAUAAUCAUUGUUGUCUUAAUUGCCGCUCUCUUCUUCAUGGGCUUCUUUUCUAUUUACAUACGCCACUGCAACGACACCAACGGCGGAACAAGUGUACGGGGACUAGCCAACCGUUCAAGACGAGCUGCGGCGUCGCGUGGACUUGACGCUUCUGUGAUUGAGACGUUUCCGACUUUGGUUUACUCUGAGGUUAAGGGGCUUAAGAUAGGUCAAUCGGCGUUAGAAUGCGCCGUUUGUUUGUGUGAAUUUGAAGAUGAUGAAACGCUACGUUUAAUACCUAAAUGCGAUCACGUUUUCCACCCUGAUUGUAUUGAUACUUGGCUUGCUUCUCACACUACAUGUCCUGUUUGUCGGGCUAAUUUGACUCCUCAGCCCGAUGACCCGGCUCCUCAACUCACCGAUUCACCACCUGAGUCUGACCUCGAAGCUCAAAACCAAGCUGCAGCUGAAUUAGAACCAGAAUCUUGCGACCACAACAAUGGAAGUGUAGAAGUGGCAGCGCCGGCGCCGGAAGUUAUGAGUGUAAACCAAACCUUGAACAGGAACCGUACACGUGGAUCAAGAUCCGGAAGGCCACGUAGAUUCCCGCGAUCACAUUCCACUGGGCAUUCUUUGGUCCAACCCGGCGAAAACACCGACCGGUUCACAUUGAGAUUGCCGGUUGAGGUUAGGAAGCAGCUAUUGAACCGGACCAUGAGCAUGAACCUGGUAGCGUUUUCAAGACAGAGGAGUUCAAGGACGGGAUAUAAAACCGGCGGCGGUGAAGGAAGUAGUAGAGGGAAGUACAAUAUUAGUAAUUAUAAACGGCUUGAUAGGUUGGAUCAGGGAACCAAAUCAGAUAGGUGGGUUUUUGGUCGGACACCGUCGUUUUUAACUAGAGCCUCGUCGUUUUUGACGAGAGCAUCUUCAUCAGUUAGGUCACCAAGAGUGGCCAAUGAUGGAGAAGGGACUUCCACUCGGCCGGCUGGACCUGAUACCAAAGAACCGGGCCGCCCUCCGGUUUAAUGGUCAAUUUUGAUUUUUUUUUUCCUUUUUUUUUUUAGAUAUGUGGAAAAUGUUUAUAGCAAUUAAGCUUCUUCAACCCUUAUUGUUUAAUUAAUUUAAUUGCAUAAUGAUGUAUAAUAUGAAAAGUUUAAUAGAAAGAGUAAAGUCAGUUUGAUAUA